GCGAGCUUGGUGUCUGCGUCAGAGCUUCACCACACGCAACUCAAUGGGGCAGGUCUGCGAUGCGCGUCUUCUCGGAGAAUGGCGUCAGCGGCGAGCGAGGGACGUUCGGACGGUGACUUACAGACGGUACGUUCGUGCGAUUGGUUUUAUGAUGUGGAGUUCGAGCGUGUGGGAUAUACCAUGUCUGGAUGCGUUCUUACGCCUGGCAGCGCUCGUGCACCUUAUGGAAUGGAUUUAUGCCCGUUCUCAUGGUGACAGUC